AUGUCUGUAAACAACAAGAUCUAUCGCACGGCCAAUGCCCCCAGCACUCCCCCCGAUGAGACUGAGGUCGCAGUCGCCCAGGCCUUGAUUGAUUUGGAGAACAACGUGCCGGACCUGAAGACUGAGCUCCGCGUGCUCCAGAUCUCUGCGGCCAAGGAGGUCGAUGUUAAGGGUGGAAAGAAGGCAAUUGUUGUCUUUGUCCCUGUUCCUCAACUAAAGGCAUUCCACAAGGUGCAAUCUCGAUUGACCCGUGAACUCGAGAAAAAGUUUGCCGAUCGCCAUGUUGUAUUCAUCGCCCAGCGCCGCAUGCUCAGGAAGCCCACCAGGACCUCCCGUGUCCAGCAAAAGCGCCCUCGUUCUCGCACUUUGACCUCGGUCCACGAGAAGAUUCUCGAGGAUCUCGUGUUCCCUACUGACAUUGUCGGAAAGCGAACCCGUGUUGCGGUUGACGGCAGCAAGUUGCUCAAGGUCUUCCUCGACUCAAAAGACCAGAACACCCUCGAGUACAAGCUCGACUCGUUCUCCUCGAUCUACCGCCGACUCACUGGAAAGGACGUCGUGUUCGAGUUCCCUACAGUCGCCACAGACUAA